AUGUCUGAGAUCCUUGUUAACUCGCUAGCUCGUCAUCUCGGGCACGUCAGCUUGAGCACAUCUGCUCGUCACCAGAUCCUUAGCUCUCCGAGGCGAGCUUAUCCGCUCUUCAAAACAAGCUCCUCAGCUCUUCGAAGCGAGCUGCUUAGCUCGUUAAACAGAGCUUCUCAGCUCUUCGAAGCGAGCUACUCAACCCAUCGAAGCGAGAUCCUCAACUCGUUAAACAAAGCUCCUCAGCUCUUCGAAGCGAGCUACUCAGCCCUUCGGAGCGAGCUGCUCAACUCGUUAAACAGAGCUCCUCAGCUCUUCGAAGUGAAUUCUUUAGCUCUUCGAAGCGAGCUCAACAGCUAUUCGAAACGAGCUCCUCAGUUCUUCGAAGCGAAUUCUUUAGCUCUUGAAGCAAGCUUCUGA